GCGGGGUCGGCGCCAAAAUCAAACUCUCCUUGGCGCGCCCCGCCCCUCGCGUCCUGCGCAGGCCUCGCCACCGGAAGACGCGCCGCCCGCGCCAUGUCGAAGAAAAAAGGAUUAAGCGCAGAGGAAAAGAGAGCCCGCAUGAUGCAAAUAUUUUUUGAGACGAAAGAUGUAUUUCAAUUAAAAGACAUGGAGAAGAUUGCUCCCAAAGAGAAAGGCAUUACUGCUAUGUCAGUAAAAGAAGUUCUUCAAAGCUUAGUUGAUGAUGGUAUGGUUGACUGUGAGAGGAUUGGAACUUCUAAUUAUUAUUGGGCUUUUCCAAGUAAAGCGCUUCAUGCAAGGAAACGUAAGUUGGAGGUUCUAGAAUCUCAGAUAUCUGAGGGAAACCAAAAGCACACAAACCUACAAAAAAGCAUCGAGAAAGCUAAAAUUGGCCGACAUGCAACGGAAGAGCGAACCAUGCUAGCAAAAGAACUUUCUUCACUUCAAGAACAAAAGGAACAGCUAAAGGCAGAAGUGGCUAAAUACAAAGAAUGUGACCCGCAGGUUGUGGAAGAAAUACGUCAAGCAAAUAAAGUAGCCAAAGAAGCUGCUAACAGAUGGACUGGUAUGUAUGAUAAUGGCGCUGCUGAACUAUGGUUAAACUUCUUCUACAUUUACCAUGAUAUGAAAUACAGAAGCUAUUGUGCCUGGUUUUGUUCAAGAAAAGAUGUUUCUGGAAAUAUAAUAUAUUUGCAAUAAAAUCUUGGGCCAAAAGAAAGUUUGGGUUUGAAGAAAAUAAAAUUGAUAAAAAUUUUGGAAUUCCAGAAGACUUUGACUACAUUGACUAAAAUGUUUGAUGUUGUUAAAGGAUCUAUAUGCUUGUGAAUAUGUAAAUUUUUUGUUAUACAACAAAAUGUAUGGAAUUGUCAUUUACCUGUAACUGCGAUUAUCAUUUUAUUAAUUUUAAAUAAAGUAUAAGGUAUAGAUA